GCAUCAAAAUAACCCGCGAAUAUCUGUAGUUGACAGUACGACUUUCGUGCGUUCAGUUAUUCCAUUUUAAAAGCAAAAUGCCAGCAACAUCUGAAAUACACACAACGGAGUGUCGCAAUGGCGAAGAACAGAAGAAAGUCGAAGGGAAAACGGAUAAUAUUCCAUUUUCCUUGUUUUGUGAUGAACGGGGCUACUUGAAUCAAAUAGAAUACAUUCUGCAGCACGGCCACAAAAAGGGAGAUCGCACUGGAACGGGAGUUGUCUCUGUAUUUGGGUCACAAGCAAGAUACAGUCUCCGGGAUCAGUUCCCGCUACUAACGACAAAAAGAGUGUUCUGGAAAGGAAUUCUUGAAGAAUUGCUAUGGUUUAUCAAGGGAUCAACAAAUGCCAAAGAGCUGUCGGAGAAAGGGGUGAAGAUUUGGGACGCCAACGGCUCACGGGAUUUCCUGGACAAGAGCGGGUUCAGAGACCGGGAAGAAGGGGACCUGGGACCAGUGUAUGGGUUUCAGUGGAGACACUAUGGGGCAGAAUACAAGAAUAUGCAUGCAGACUACACAGGACAAGGUGUGGACCAGCUACAGAAGGUUAUUGACACAAUCAAGACCAAUCCGGAGGACCGGAGAAUCAUCAUGUGUGCGUGGAAUCCAAAAGACCUUCCCUGCAUGGCCCUGCCCCCGUGCCAUGCCCUGUGCCAGUUCUACGUUUGCGACGGGGAGCUGUCCUGCCAGCUGUACCAGCGCUCUGGGGACAUGGGACUGGGUGUGCCCUUCAACAUUGCCAGCUACGCCCUGCUCACAUACAUGAUCGCCCACAUCACUGGACUGAAGCCUGGUGACUUUGUGCACACUCUGGGAGACGCUCACGUGUACGCCAACCACAUCGAACCCCUCAAAGUUCAGCUUCAGAGGGAGGUCCGCCCCUUCCCCAAGCUCAAGAUCCUGAGGACGGUGGAGUGCAUCGACGACUUCAGAGCCGAAGACUUUGAGAUUACAGAUUACCAUCCCCAUCCUGCCAUCAAAAUGCAGAUGGCUGUUUAAAUCAGAAUUCCAUGGAAUGAAACCUUAUGUUGUAUUGUGUGUCCUGCAAUGGAGUUGAUUUCUGCUGUAUCGACCUGCUUUUAUGUUGCAUUUUAGGUUCAUUGUUUUUGUCUUUUUAAUUCUUGUUAAAUAUUUUAAUUUCUGAAAAUAAAGAAUUUAUAUAUUC